AUGAUCUGGACACACGCUCAGAAAAUUGCCGCUUCUUAUCCUGAGAAAGACCGUGCCAAAUAUGUCACUGCUGCAAAGACCCUCCGGAUUCCAUAUUGGGAUUGGGCGAGCAACCCUGAUAUUCCGCGUUCUAUGACUACCGCCAAAAUUAAUGUAAACACUCCUACCGGUAUGCAGAGCAUCGACAACCCUCUGUAUCAGUAUAAGUUUGACCCCUCUGUACAAAAGGGGUUCCCAGAAGGGGAUUCGUUUACAUCCAACCCCCAUUCUACUCGAUUUCCCGACGCAAACGGUGAAUCUCAAAAUGACCGAGCUACCAGGGCUAUGAGAUCAAAUGGUGCAUCCCUCCGAUCAAGCAUCUACCAACUCCUAAGCAGUGAAUCGGAUUACAGCACUUUUUCAACCCAAGCAUUGCCGGACCGUAGCGGAUAUAACAAUGUCGAAACUGUGCACGGCUAUGUACAUGGCCUGGUUGGUGGUCAAGGCCACAUGACUUAUAUCCCGUGGUCCUCUUAUGAUCCAAUUUUCUGGCUUCACCAUGCAAAUGUUGAUCGACUCAUUGCCCUUUGGCAGGCCAUCUAUCCUGAUUCAUAUGUCGCACAAGUACCCAACGGCGGCGGCGCGUAUAUGACUGAGCGAGGAACUAUGGAGGAUGGAAACACACCUUUGUACCCAUUCCAUGCUGAUGACAGCACAUACUACACUGCCAACACUGCACGGUACACCAAGACUUUCGGGUACACCUAUCCCGAAAUUGAAGACUGGGGUGUCAGCAAGGCCGAUCUCCAGAAAAAUGUUCGACGACGUGUUAAUGAACUAUAUAAUAAUCCUUCCAAACAAGCCGCGAAGCGGUCCACCGUCCAUCGUCGUGCACAGAGAUACGAUUCGUACAUCCAAGGCAGCAACAAAAGCCAAUCGCCAAGUACCACGGAAUCCCGCUUUGAGGCUGUACUGGACGAUGCGUUUGAUAUGGUUGAAGCCAUUGGUGACUCGAUCAGCCAAAGCUUGGAUCGAUUUGACGAAUGGGGUGUCAACAACAUGAAGAAGCAGUGGGUUAUUAAAAUCAGGGUUAACAACAUCCACUUCUUCAUGGGAAACCCACCAAAGGACUCGAACACCUGGCGUUAUGCACCCAAUCUGAUCGGCUCAUAUGGAACAUUCGUUCACGGAAUGGGUAUGCCAAACCCUAGCAUGGUUUGCGGAGAGGUGCCGCUUUCUCCAGCCCUCGCUGCUCUUCUUUCUACCAGCACCAUCCUUGGCUUGGAUGACACCGUGGUCGUCCCCGUCCUCACCAAAUUCCUCACUUGGAGAAUUCAGGAUCAAGAUGGGAAGGUCAUUCCCACUGAGGAUGUUGCUAAGUCUAACGGUGGUAAAGGACUUGAGAUCCGCGUUGCUAAGCGUGAUGUUCAGCCCUUGACCAAGGGUGACCUCGAUAACUUCCCUCAGUUCGGAGAGUGGGAUAUGUAUGAUAGCAUUACCAAAGGGAAGGUAGGGGGCUAUUAA